UGACGCGCUUCCGCCAAGAUGGUCGUAGGCGCUUUUCCCAUCGCAAAGCUGCUCUAUCUGGGCAUUCGCCAGCUCAGCAAACCGGUUGCCAACAGGAUUAAGGCAGGAGCGCGGAGAAGUGAAUUCUUCAAGAAUUACAUAUGUCUGCCUCCGGCACAUGCGUACCACUGGAUCGAGAUGAGAACUAAAAUGAGGAUAAUGGGCUUCCGUGGCUCUGCCAUCAAACCACUUAACGAGGAAUCGGCUGCAGAGCUGGGAGCCGAGCUGCUCGGCGAGACCAUCAUCUUUCUCAUCGGCGGGGGAUGCCUCGUCAUCGAAUACAGCAGGCAGGCGUGGAACAGCAGGAGAAAGGAAGAGGAGCUCAACCUUUGGAUCAAGAAUCUGGAGACUCAAAUUGGAGAACUGGCCCUAACCACGGAAAUUCUAGACACUCAGCUACGGGAGAUGAACCGGCAUCUACAGUCCUUGCCAUCUACUCCGAGUGGCAAAUAAUAGUGCAUUAAUUAAUUAUAAUUAGUGGAUCGGACGAACUCAGUCUGUGUGUGUGGGCCGUAAAAUAAAUAAAAUACCAAAAAUACAGAGAAACACGCCCUUUGUAUAUAUGACACUUAAUGAAAUUCCGUCCACAUACACACAAUAAUGUGGGCCUGGGAUCGGCACUUAAGCGGGCAUGUGGUUUGAUACGAGUACUCGUUUUGCAGCUUGGUGCAGUAUUACAUGUGCGGAGAACAUAUUGAUUUAUCUGCCCAAUUUAACCCGAGUUUAUUUCUCCUCUUAACAUGCUCUGCAAAUACAAUUUAAAUUUCCCUUUAGGAACUGUGUAGUUCAUUCCAGUAGUCUCCUAACUUCUGCAUAUCAAAAUUUGCUAAUAAAUGCAUCAGAAUUUGCUGCAUUUUAUUACAUUUGUUUAAACUAUGUUGGUUGCGUGUAGCUAUGAAAGAGAGCGAGGUUUCAAUUCACUCUGGUGGUUGUUUGGACUGUUUUAUGCGUUCGGCUGUGUUAGUGAUGCCUUCAGGUUCAUGAUCUAAAACAAUACAAUUUUACUCAUUAUUGGUAAUGAAAAUGAUUUAGUUGUGUUUAAGGCAAUUCAAAUAGACUCUGGAUAAUUACAAAAAUAAUACGAUUGACAAAACAGUAUACAUUAGACUUGUGAUUUCAACCCCAUUUGUGUGAUGUUUGUCUUGAGAUCUGACGUAAAGGAUGUACGAAGGAUGUAAAUUUAUAUGGAUUGUAAAAUAAAAUGGAUACCCUGUAUAAUA